GGGCGAACGAAACUACCUGAAAGGCAGCGGCCUGCAUGCCGUGGUGUACAUCACUAUGAAUUCAACGGUCGUUGAGAUUGGUCUUCUUGCUCACACUGGAAGUGAUCAUUUUGUGUCAUUGUUGUUUACUACCAGUAUCAUUAAUUUGUAGUGUCAAGUGUUACUAUUAGUGAUAUUAAUAGUUAGUGAUAUAUAAAUUAUGGCAAUUAAUAUCAUAAUUAGUAAUCGUUCUUUUUAAUCGUUUUACACUCUAAAUUACAUACGCAUAUCUUUACUAUUAAUAUUAUGGAUUCAAAAAAGAAAUAUACGUUAUUAAACAUGCAGCAACGUUUGGAGGUCUUGAAGGAUCUUCGAGAAAAAAUGCCGUGUAAACAAAUUGGAAAGAAAUACGGGGUUGGCGUUCGAACAAUCCAACGCAUUCUAAAAGAUGCUACAAAAGUUAAUGAGUUUGCAGAUAAAAGUAAACGCGAACUCAAGCGACGAAGAAUAAUAAAGCCACACUAUGACGAAGUAGAUAAAGAAUUAUGGUCAUGGUAUGAACAAAGAAGAACUCUUGGCGACCGUAUAACCGAUGCUCUAAUAUUAAAAAAGGCGAUAGAAUUGAAAAAAAAUCUGCCGUCAUGCUCGCAAUUUAAGAUCAGUCGUGGCUGGUUGUCAAAAUUUAAAAUACGUCAUGGUAUACGUCUCAGGGACGUGUACUGCAAGAAAGUUAAGACUGAUCAGGAUGAAGCAUUUUUGAAAAAUUUAAAAAUAAUAUUGAGAGAUGAAAAUAUAAGUUUAGAAAAUGUUUACAAUAUAUACGAAAGCGGACUUGUUUGGAAAGCUCUGCCGACGAAAACACUGAUCGGAGAAGAAGAAAAAGAUCUUAAUGAACAUCAGAUGAAAAAAGAUAGAAUUGCAAUUGGUUUAUGCGCGAAUGCGUUAGGCACAAAUAAGAUUAUGCCACUUGUUAUUUACAAACAUAAAAAUCCAAUAGCUUUGAAACACGAAGUUUCGUUACCUGUCAUUUUUAAAUCGCAGCCAAAUGCAUGGAUGGACAAAACAUUAUUUUUAGAUUGGUUUGAAAACCAUUUCAAACCGUCUGUGAAACAAUAUCAAGAGGAGAAACGAAUACUACAGAAAGCGAUCCUAUUGUUAGAUAAUUGUGAAGCCUAUAAAGUUUCGCAACAAGAAAAUGAGGAUAUUAAAAUUAUAUAUUUACCGCCCAAUACAUCUAUUCUGGAACCGUUGGAUCAAGAGAUCGUAGAGAAAACAAAAAGACUUUUCCGUCACAAGUUCUUGCAACGUGUUUUAACGUACGAUGGAGGAAUAAAUGAAUUUUAUGCCAACUACACAAUAAAAAACUGCAUUGACAUUUUAUCCGUAUCCUGGUCGGAAAUUACGCAAGGUAAUAUUAAAAACGCGUGGAAUAAAAUUAUUAAUCCUACUGAUCCUCCCAUUCAAUCGCACAUGACAGAGUUUAAACCUGAUUGGCAAGACAUGAUAAGUACGAUCACAGGAGAACAACGCACCCCGUCACAUGUUACGCAAUAUUUAAUAAACUGUGAGGAAGCAGAAAGGAGGAACGAGGACGAAGAAAUAAAAGAAGAAACGGAAGAAAUUCAAGAAGGAACCCAAGAAAUAAUUUACGCAGAGAGCGAUAACGAAAUUGUGAACCAUGAAUUACACAUGAUAUUUGAGAGAUUGACAUUUUACAGUGCAAGUGCGCCAAUUUUUAUACAAUGCAUAGUGCAAGGAUUACAAAUAUAUUUCUUAGGCAAGGAGCAUUACAUAAGGUAAUAGGGGGAAACCACGAUACAUAUCUCUACACAAUUCGCCAUAAAAUAAUUAAAUAUAAAAUAUAAUUUUACACCUCUCUAAUUAGUAUAUGUAUAAUUAUGUAUAAUAUCAAUGCAGCUUUUUAAUGUAUAAAUCUCGUAACCAUGAAUGCGAUCAAAUUGUAUAUUGGAUAUAUCGAUACAUGUAUCUACUUGUAUAGAAUGAAUACAUUUCAAGUAUAAUCAUUGAGACUUUAUAUUAAAAAUACUAUAUAGUUAUUAUUUAUUUGUA